AUGUCCCAAGAGUCAAUAGACGUGACUCGCCGGGCCAUCGUUGAGCUUGCCAACUUGCCAAGCUGUGCCCUGAUGCUGUUGCUGACGCGUGAUGCAGUCGCCAGAAACGCCACAGAGAUAGCAUGUCAAACUCCGGUUCGCGACACCUCGGCUCCGUUUCUCGUCAUCAACAUUGUCCUCGGCCUCAUCACAGCGGCAGUCAUUUUGAUGCGAUUGACUUAUAGGUUUUUUUUUAGUCGAAGAAAUGGGCGCCUCGAUAUCGACGACGGCUUGAUCCUUCUUGCAUCGCCCGUCGCCAUCGCCAGCUUGACCACCUUGCUGGCCGGGCUGUGGAAACAUGGAAUUGGGAAAGAUGUUUGGGGCCUGAGCUCGGCAGAAGUAGUGACAUUUGGCCUGUUUCUAUACGUCAUGGAGAUGUUGUAUCUGAGCCUUCUUACCCUUGUCAAACUCACGCUGUCGGUCUUUUACUUGGAGAUAUUCCCCAGUCCCAUGAUUCGCAAGCUACUUUUGGGUACCGUGGCUUUCCACGUCCUGUUUGGCGUCGGGUUUGUUUGCAAGACUAUUUUCCAAUGCACGCCCGUCGAGUACAGUUGGUUGCGGUAUGAUGCCGGCAGUUGGUCGACAACACACGGCCACUGCGUCAACAUUCACAUAUCAGCAUAUGUCAACGCUGCCGUCAAUGUGGCAACGGACUUUUGGCUCAUAGGCAUACCCAUCACUCAACUACACAGGCUGAAGCUUCAUUGGAAGAAGAAGAUUGGCGCUUCCUUCAUGUUCAUGACCGGAUUGUUGGUUACUGUUAUUUCCAUCCUUCGCCUCAACACACUCAAAGAAUACGCCAAGACAACAAACCCGACCUACGACCAAUAUUCGGUUACUCUCUGGUCGGCCGUCGAAUAUACGAUUGAUCCUGCUUCGCAUUUGGCCAAGAGUAUUUGGAAUGACCUCGAUUGA